CAGGCUGAUGCCACCGAACUCUCAGUUCAGGACCUUCAGCUUUCAGCUGAGAAAACCACAGAGAUUGGAUUCUUUUCAUCAAAAUCUCCAAUAAAAUCAAUGCUAAAAUGAAUACCCUUCUUUCAAAAAGAUUCAAUCUUCAAAACUUCCCUCAAUUUUCACCUCAAAAUUUUCUCUUUCACUUUCCACCACUUUCCAAGAAAACCCCACAUCACAUUCAUCCAUUUCCAAGAAAAUUUACUGCCAAGACUCUAACUAUCUGCUCUGUUACAACUUCUGAGUCGUUAUCUUGUGGUGGUUGGGAUGAUCCAAGAUUAAUUAGUGACCCAAUUAACCCUGGUGAGUCUAAUCAGCUUCACAAUUUUCUUAAUUCUCUAGGAAUUAAUGAUAAAAAGUAUGUCUUUGUUUACCUCUUGGGGUUUGUUUGUGCUUUAGCAAUUUCAAGGGUGAAAGUUUCCUCAAUUAUAGCAAUUCCAGGUUGUGUUAUUGUAUUUGCACUUGGGUUUUCAAUGGGGUUUGUUAAUGGGGGUAAAAUGAGCUUAGAUAAUAAUAAGAAAUUGCCUCAAGAUCAGAUUCUUAGAGGUUUUGCUGAGAAACUCAGGAAUUUGGUGAAUUUUCUUAAUAGUUUUGAUGUGGAAAUUGGUAAUUUGAAGAAGGGUGUUAGGAAAGGUAUUGAGUUUAAUCAAAUUACCGGGGAUGAUUUGCAAAGUUUUGACAAAAUUCUGGAAUCUAUGAAAUUUUCUGCUCUCAGUGUUAGAGAGGUUACAGAAGGUUGUAUUGAAAGUUUGUCAAUUGAGAGUAAAGAAAUGGAAAGAAAUUUUAGUCAAAAGUCAAGUAAGAAGAAGGAGGAGCCAGGUAAAAAUGGCUUUGACUUCUCUCAGAUUGCAGCGGGGUUGUUUCAAACAAAACCGGAUUUGAAGUCUAGUAAAAUGAAAGAUUAUGGUGAGAGUGAGUUGAUGGACACAAAGAAGAAUGGCUCUAAGCAAGGGAAUAUCUUGACAUCUGCUACUAAAGAAAGACGUCCAAAUUCAUUGUUUGAUAUGAAUUUAGACGGCAAUCAUGGCACUUCAAGGCACAGUUUUGAUGAUGAUGCCAUUAGACAAGAGAAAGUUGGUGAGACAUUUGGGAAGGCUAGUAAAAUAAAUGUAGAUUCUGAUGAGAAUGUUAAUUUUUCCGAGAUGGAUAGUAACACUGUUAAAUCAGUUUUCAACAGAGAAGAAUAUAGUUAUGAGACAAGCAGAGUACAGUAUAUGAGGAACCAACGGGUAUCUCACAAAAUGAAUCAUCCUAGUGAAUUUGAAUCUUGGGCAUCUGAUGAUGGUUUAGUUGAUUCUAUGGAUUUUAACGUCAAUAUGGAGCAAACUAGAACUGAAGCGUCAUCUUUGCAUGAACAGAACGUGGAGAAUUUAGAAGGAAUAAGUAGCCAUUUUGGUGGAAAAGAAAAUGAUGAAGAGAAUUACAGACAUUUUUUUAGUAAGGAGAUGAGAAAUCAUGAAAAUGAACCAUUUAUGGAUAGCGAUGAGGCCUCAAAUGAAUGUGAAUUUGGUUCGGCUCCAUCUUCAGUAGGUUCCAUUGAUUUGCAAUUUAAUAAAUGCCUUACUGAGGCUAAUUUUCUAGUAAAAGAAGCGAAGGAAUGUUUAAGGAGGCAAGCCAGUGACAGGCAUGCGGAGGAUGCGCUUUACAAGUCUGCCAUAUUACUCUCAAAAGCUAUAGACAUCCGACCCAUGAGUUUAUUGGCUGUGGGACAGUUGGGAAAUACUUAUCUUCUUCAUGGAGAACUAAAGUUAAGGAUCAGCAAAGAUUUGAGAGCUUUACUAACUGAUACUGUAUCAGUAUAUAAACGGACUAAAAUACGUGAUGAGCUAGAUGAUAUGGUUCCUAAGAAAGACAAACUUACAUCUUAUCUUGUAAAUGUCUGUGAAGAGUGUGAAGAAUUACUUAUUAAGGCAGGACGACAGUAUAGGUUGGCCUUGUCGAUUGAUGGGAAUGACGUGAGAGCCUUGUAUAAUUGGGGCAUUGCUCUCUCUUUGCGUGCACAGUUGAUUGCAGACAUUGGACCUGGUGCUGCACGUGAUGCUGACAAGGUUUUCUUGGCUGCAAUUGAUAAGUUUGACGCUAUGAUGUCUAGAGGCAAUGUAUAUGCACCUGAUGCUCUUUUCAGAUGGGCCACAGCAUUGCAGCACAGAUCCCGUCUACGGCCUAGAACUAGUAGAGAGAAGGUGAAGUUAUUGCAGCAAGCUCAAAGAUUAUAUCAAGACGCCCUUCAUAUGGACUCCGAUAACCUUCAAGCGCGAGAGGCAUUGUCAUCCUGCAUAUCUGAGCUCAAGUACUGGUAUAGAUAGUCAUAUCAUGAAUGUUAGUUAUCCUUCUUUUUCACCAUUUGAUAAUAUUAAGUCCUUGCAUAAGCCAAGCUUACAAAUUUGACAUUACCGUGUGGUUGAGAUAAUAAGGAGUGAGCUAGUUCUUUUCCUCAAGCAAUGUUGCUUGCUAAAUAAUGAAGUUCUUACUCAUCUAUCAAAAGAUUGACAAUAUCAGAAGGAAACUCUUCUUGAUUAGUAAAUUAGUCAAUUCCUACCUGCUAUACUUAGUCAAUUCUACUUUAUUUCCUUGUAAUUUACUCCAAUUAUUUAUCUAAAAUUGGAAAAGGAAACCCUAUCAAUCAGGCUUGUAAGUCUGCUAAAGCUUUUCAUAUUUCAUAUAUCUGCCAAUGAUAACUACUAGCUUCAUUUUAAGGUGUAUUCUACAUAUUUAGUAGUGCCAUUAGCAUUUGUAUUUAAACGCUUUUAUGGCUAUUCUUUCGAAUUGUGCAUAAUUCUUUUCAGUUUUCCUUUA